AUGGCUGGUCUGAACUCAAAUAGCCAUUCUCCGUCCUCCUUCAAGAUGCCCACAAUCAAGUUCUCCAAGCUCUUCAUCAAUGGAAAUUUUGUUGAUUCUGUUUCAGGACGAGAAUUUGAGACAAUAGAUCCAAGAAAUGAACAGGUAAUCGCAAGAAUUGCGGAAGGAACGAAAGAAGACAUCGACAACGCCGUAAAAGCGUCGCGUGUGGCUUUCGACGACGGUCCAUGGCCACGCAUGCCCGGCGUGGAAAGAGCAAGAAUUAUGAUGAAAUGGGCAGACCUAAUUGAUGAAAACAGAGAAGAACUAGCAGCAUUGGAUGCCAUUGAUGCUGGAAAAUUAUAUCAUAUGCUUAAAGCUUUUGAGAUUCCUGCAGCAGCAAAUACUCUACGUUAUUAUGCAGGUGCUGCUGAUAAAAUUCAUGGAGAGGUAUUAAAACCAGCACGGGAGUUACAUGCAUAUACUUUACUGGAACCAAUUGGUGUUGUGGGACACAUCAUUCCCUGGAAUUUCCCCAGCCCCAUUUUUUUCACAAAGGUUAGCCCUGCCUUGGCUGCUGGUUGCACUAUGGUCCUUAAGCCUGCUGAACAAACCCCUCUCUCAGCAUUGUUUUAUGCUCAUCUGGCUAAACUGGCUGGAAUUCCAGAUGGGGUGCUCAACGUAGUUCCUGGAUUAGGCCCAAUUGCAGGUGCUGCCAUAUGUUCACACAUGGACAUUGAUAAGGUCAGUUUUACAGGUUCAACAGAAGUGGGACGUGAAAUAAUGCAUGCUGCAGCCAAUAGUAAUUUGAAACCAGUUUCACUUGAAUUAGGAGGCAAGUCACCUCUCAUAAUUUUUGAUGAUGCAGAUCUAGAUAAAGCUGUCGAGCUUGCUUUCCUGGGUGUAAUGCACAAUAAGGGAGAAAUUUGUGUUGCAGGUUCUCGUGUAUUUGUUCAGGAAGGAAUUUAUGAUGAGUUUGAGAAGAGGUUAGUGGAGAAGGCAAACACUUGGGUUGUUGGAGAUCCUUUUGAUUCCAAAGUUCAACAAGGGCCUCAGGCAUGUAGUAAUGUUGUAGCACAAACUCAUUAUGUUGAUAAAAAGCAAUUUGAAAAAAUUAUGUCCUACAUAGAGCAUGGAAAAAGAGAGGGGGCCACUCUCAUCACCGGGGGCAAAAGAGUGGGUAACCAGGGCUACUACAUUGAGCCAACAAUUUUUACUAACGUUAAGGAGAACAUGGCUAUAGAGCAAGAUGAAAUAUUUGGCCCCGUGAUGGCAUUAAUGAAGUUUAAAACCAUUGAGGAUGCGAUUAAAAGUGCUAACAAUACAAGAUAUGGCUUAGCAGCAGGCAUUAUAACCAAGAGUUUAGAUACAGCAAACACAGUGUCAAGGUCAAUUCGUGCAGGCAUUGUUUGGAUAAACUGUUACUUUGCCUUCGGGGGUGACAUUCCCUAUGGUGGAUACAAGAUGAGUGGAUUCGGAAGAGAUUGUGGAUUAGAAGCACUUCACAAAUAUCUACAAGUUAAAUCUAUUGUAACACCCAUUUAUAAUUCUCCUUGGCUUUGA